CUACAGGUAAUAAGACAGGUAGUACAGGUUACUUAUCACCUUAGCGCUUCUCUUCACUGCGCCACUUCUUCCUUACUAAUAUGACAUCCAAAGCAACUUUGCGACCGGCGCCCAUGUUCAAAUAAUUUUUACAGUGAAGUGGGCUUCGAGUGCCACCGUUCCAUGUGGGUUGUUUACCUGACAUAGAUGCCAACGGUUGACGGCAACACCCUCCGGGGACUAUUAGGAUUUUGGGAUCCUUUCGAGCUCCACCAAAUGCCGUCGUAUGAAGAGAUGUCACCAGCAUAGUUGUGCUGGUCUCCACAUUAGGUAGCAAGUACUCGAUACACGUGUUUUUGCCAAAGCACAGCUUUCACUGUUACUUUACUGUCCAAUCCCGGGUUGAAUAUGGAGGGCUUGGAUAAGCGCUAUAUCUUGCCUUAUGGUAACUCGCUUGUAGCUGUGCGUAGCUUUGCGCCUGGUGAUGUCGUCAUUCGAGAUACUCCUCUCCUAGCUAUUGUUGAAGCUGAAGAAGUGCUUGAUAAAGUCUACGAGACGCAUUCGGAGUUCUGCAUCAGAGCGGACUUGCUUGGGAAGGAUGCCUCGAUCGACUUCAGCUUGCAGAUGCUGCAGUAUAGCUCUGCAAGCGACCAUGUCAAAGGAUGUGUAAAGCGGCUCUUCACGCCGGACAUCCAGCAGUCUCGGGAAGAGCCCUACGUACGAGCAGCUCGGCAAUACGCUGACCAGCUCUCGGCAUUGCAAACAUCCCGGCCCGAGGCGCUUGCUUGCAGCAUCCUUGGCCCCGUAGUCUCGACCUGCACCUACGACGAAAUUGUACGCGUUGUGUUGGCCUGGGUCUGCAACAGCUACGCGACGCGGGAUGGCGGAGCAGCGCUGUACGAGCAUGGCAGCCUGGUCAACCAUUGCUGCGAAGGCAACACCCGGUACCGUUACUUGGAAGACGAUGCGGAUGACGAUGAGGAGGAUGCCACUAGCGAGAGCGGCAGCAGCCACGGCGGGUACGGCUUGUUCAUUGCCGUACAACCAAUCCAGCCGGGGGAGGUCAUCACCACCUGCUACCUGGGCUGGGACGAGCAGACCCUCAUGUCCACCCGCAUGCGCAGGAAGCUGCUGGUUAAGACCAAGCUCUUCACGUGCACCUGCCCCCGCUGCAGCCGGUCUCGGGACCCCUACCGCGCACUGCCCUGCCCCGCUUGCGGCGGCGGCAGCAGCAGCGGUGGACGCGGUGGCGGCUGUGGGGGCGGUAGCACCGGCGGUCACGCAGAGAGCAGUGGGGCGGCAGGAGCAGCCAGCAGCGGCGGCGUGGAGGGGGGCGGAGACGAGGGUGGCGGCGGCGGCAGUAGCGGCGGCGCUGCGACUGAGGACCGGCGUGGUGGUGGCGGCAGCGGUGGUGGUGCUGGAGGUGGCAGCAGCGGAGGCGGGGGAUUCGUGUACUGGCGGGGCGGCAGCAGCGGUGGAGGUAGUGGCGGUGGCGGUGGCGGGGGCGGCAGCAGAGGAGGCGGGGGAGGCGGCUGCGGGUCUGAGCCCCGUCCCUGGG